AUGGGCGCGAUGAAGAAGACCAGCAGCAAGUUCAACAAGUCGGAGGUGUUGAAGCUGAAGGAGGUGUUCGACGAGGCGGACAAGGACGGCAGCGGCGAGAUCGACACCGCGGAGCUCGCGCAGUCGCUGCAGAAGACGAACCUGGGCGAGGCCGCGGCGGACAUGUUCCGCGCGAUCGAUAAGGACGGGACGAAGUCGCUGGACUUCUCCGAGUACCUCAAGAUCAAAUCCAUCUUCGUGCUGUACGACGCCAACAACAACGGGACGCUGUGCAAGAAGGAGCUCACGGAGGCGCUGACGGCGACGGGGUACGACGACGAGGAGGUGGAGGACAUGUUCGAGGACUUCGACGAGGACGGCAGCGGGGAGAUCGACUUCGAGGAGUUUUGUAAGAUGCUCGAGAGCUCGUAUUUGGACUGA